AUGGGCACUGCCGAAUCGUCUCAAUCGCCCGAAAUCGGUGGUAUCGGCGGUUUUAAUCCUCCUUCAACAUUUCGUAGACAAUCACCUAAUGUUGCUCGUUUAAUACAUGGUGAAAAUUCGCAAAAAAUGGAAUAUGAAUUUCCAAUAUCGGAAGGGAAUACGAAUAGUUUAGGACCUUUUCGUCGUCAUCAACAACAACAACAACAUAGUAGUAAUCCUACGAUAAUAACUGGACAGAAAAAUCAUCAACAAAUACAUCAUAAUGAUAAUCUUUUAUCAAAUACAAAAAUUUCUCCAAAUGAAUCAUCUAGUUUAUGGUCAUCAUUAGUCAAUUGUUUUGGUUGUCGUACACGUGAUGCAAAUCCUUCAACAAUGAAUCCUUUACGUGAUAAAGUACAUGCAAUACGUAUUGUUCGAGCAUCGAAUGAUUUAACACCAGCAGUAUUUGAUUCACAUUAUAAUAUAAUAACACUUGAACAAUUACGUGAAUGUGACAAUAAUGCGAGUGGAAAUCUUAGUGAUUCAUCCGAUUCAACUAAUCCUGAUAAUGUGCAUUCUACUCAUAGUGCAAAUGGUUCAAUAUCAUCAUCAAAAAAUGCAAAUAAUCGUCGAAUGAAAAAAAAGAAGAAAAAACGAGCUGCUGCAGCAGCUUAUGCAGCGAAAACAGUAACUUCAGAUGAUGAUGAAGGUUAUGAACGGACGUAA